AGUGUGUCUGAUAGAUAAAGAGCCGACUUUUCAUUGCUUCCGAGGGCGUCUCAAACACACAUACAGGUGAAGAUCACAUGCAGAUGGAGCUGCCGUCCCGGCCCACACUUUUUGACUUUCAUGGAGUCUCCAUGACCAAAUACUUCACUGACAACUGGGACAGCGUACAGAACUUCAAAGCAAGACCAGAUGAUAUUCUCAUAGCUACUUAUCCCAAAGCAGGAACCACAUGGGUUUCCUACAUCCUGGACCUUCUGCAUUUCAGCCAGAUGUCGCCUGAACGUCAGGAAUCAGUCCCCCUCCAUGACAGAGUGCCGUUCCUGGAGAUACACAUGCCUGGAAUCACUUCAGGAGUGGAUGAGCUCAACAAGUUAACCACCUUUCCUCGCAUUAUCAAGACACACCUGCCAGUCCAAUUUAUUCCCAAAUCCUUCUGGGAAGAAAACUCUAAGAUUAUCUAUGUGGCCCGCAACGCCAAGGACAGCGCUGUGUCUUACUUCCACUUUGAUCGCAUGAACAUGGUCCAGCCAGAGCCGGGAGACUGGAGCAGUUUCCUGCAGAGAUUCAUGGAGGGGAAAAUGGUGUUCGGUUCCUGGUACGAACAUGUGAGAGGCUGGUGGGAGAAGAAACAGAGCUCUUCUAACAUCCUCUAUUUGUUCUAUGAAGAUUUGAUUGAGGAUACUGAACGAGAGCUCGACCGGCUGUGCUCGUUCCUGGGACUGUCUGCCACUAUAGAGCUGAAGAGACAAGUGAUGGAAAAAGUUCUGUUUGACAACAUGAAACAUAACAAGAUGGUGAACGGCUCUGUUGAUGAAGUGUUUGAUUCCAAGAUCUCUCCUUUCAUGCGCAAAGGAAAAGUUGGUGACUGGAAGAAUCAUUUCACCGUUCAACAGAAUGAGCAGUUCGAUGAAGACUACAAGAGGAAGAUGAAAAACACUGAUCUUCAGUUUCGCACGGUUCUGUAGCUGAUCAUAUUCUCACUGUUACUAUUCUGAUUAAAUACAUAAGCAAAAGUAAUGAAAAUAUGACAGUAAGGACAUUUCAAGUUCUCUCAAUUUUAUUUUGGAUCCAGACACGAAAUGCAGCAAGAAAUACAAGAACAAAAGUUCAAUGAGCAAAAUAAACGAAUCAAACUAACACUGUA